AUGGCUCCUAAAAAGAAAGUUUACAAUGGAUAUGCAUUAUUCAUGAUGGAGACUCGAGAUAAAUUAUUGAGUCAAGGGGUUAAAGUAAGCAUGGCUGAUAUGGCAGUGCAUUGCAAAAAAGAUUGGGAAAAAAUGUCCGAUGAGAUGAAAGAAAAUUAUAAGGCAAAAGGUAAACAGAUGAAAAAUAAUGCAAAAGUAGGAAAAUAUACUUCGCUUGGUGAAAAAGUAGAAGAUGUUGUAAAACUAUCAGAAGAUAAUAAAUCACAAGCAAAUGCUAUGUACGCAUAUAUAGAUGUAUUGCUUGACAUGCAACCAGCCAGCCAUUAUCUUCCCAAGCAAAAAUUUAUUUUGAUUCAUAUAAACCCUUAUACAUGCGAGAAAGAAGGAUUUUAUUUUCCUGCCGAGAUAUCCAUGGCAGAGUUUUCUUUAGAAAACGGCUUGAUACGCAUGUUUCAUCAGUUAAUUGGAUUUGAUAAAGUCAGAACAAAUGCUCCGCAUGCUCCUACUGCAGAUAUUAACAAUCAUGCUGCUAACAAUCAUAAAAUUGACGUAUUCUCUAUGUUUCCAAAUAAUUAUACAGAAGUAUUAUUAAAAAUUAUUGGUUUUAUCAUGAACAAAGAAGUGAAUGCAGCUAUUCUAAGUGACUUAACAUUAGACAUGCCACCAAUAUAUACAGCCCAUACACCUAUUGAAAAUGAACUAAUGAUUACUAGUUCAAGUUUAUUUAAGUUGUUUGAAAGUGCAGUAAGAGAUGCUGAAAGAAGUGAUUUCAAUAACAUUAUUAGGGUAUACCAUUUAGAUAAACUGUUUAUGAAACUGAAAAAUGCAUGUUAUAAAGUUAAAAAUCCAGGUACACAUGAUUUAGCUUUACCUUCUGUUGCUAUGGCUACUGAUAGCUUAUCAAAAGAUGUGGUAAAUACAAUAAAAACAAUUGGUUGUAGUUUUCAUGAAAAACUGGAACUUGCUCAUGUUUGUAGUAACUAUUUUGUGUGCAAGUGGAUAAACAUUUUAUCAGCUCAUUGUUGUCGCUAUGUUGACAUAGAGCUUGUAUCUGGUCGGCAUUAUGAUUUUGAUUUACCUAAAACAGACUGUACAGUUGAAGAACGUUUUGAAAAAAUUAAUAUUUCUAAAUUUGCUGUGGAUAAUUUCGAUAAUAAGGAAAUAAAUGAACCGGAAACUUUAGGGGCCGAUAGUUGGCCAUCACUUGAAGGUACAUCAGCUAAUAUUCCGAAACCGAUAUGGAAUAGACCAGUAUGUAAAGAAAAUGCAAAUGGUAAAACUAUAACAAAUAAAGAAGACAACUUUCCUCAACCUGGUGAAUUGAAAAAUGCUCCUGUAACAGCAAUGACAGGAAUGAACAGCUGGUGGAAGAUUGCAGGUCAUGGCAGAGGUGUCAUAAGUCAAGUUAACAGUGAUAACCAAAACCAAUUAAAUGACAACUCAAAGCCAACAUCCAAGGGAAGAGGCAUUUUUAGAAAGAAAUAA